UUCCACCAAGCACCAAAGCAGUUAUUUUAACAAAAUAAAACUACAACUCCCACAAGCAACCGGCAGGCGAGCCUCCGUUAAUCUUACCAUCCCGUGUUUUUUGAGCCCCAGUGAUCAGAGCUGAAAGUGGGAUAGAAGCCGUGAGUCAGUAAAUACAAUCCAGCGCGGACUGUGUGUGUGGUUGUCAGGUUCACAAGCACUGCAUUUAACAGCAAUGAAAAUGGAUCUGAACGCAGUCAUUGAAACUGUCGAAGCGGGGUACCAGGAUGCUGCUAUGAUGGCACUGCAAGCGUUCAAUAAAGAGAAAUGCCAGUGUUUCACUUUCGAUGGUGAUGGAAGAGUAGAAAGGCAGGAAGAUACAUUAAAACAGCCUGCGCCCUUCCUAGAGGGAAUUCCAGAACAGCGGUUGGGGAAGCUGGUGAUCCGGUUCCUAGAGAGGGACCUGCAGCCGUCCUGCCAGCUAGCCUGCCUGGAAACCAUCCGGAUUCUGUCCCGGGACAAGAACUGCCUGGAGCCGUUCGCCACCCCGCAGGCCAUUCAGACCCUGGGCCGGCACGCGGGCAUCAAGCAUAGCGAGGGCGUCACCUCUGAGAUCCCGGACCUGGAGGUGAUCGUGGAGGCCCUCAAGUGCCUGUGCAACAUCGUCUUUAACAGCCCGAGCGCGCAGGAGGUGGGGGCCGAGCUGCGGCUCAUCGUGGGCCUCACCGAGCGGCUCAAGCUCUAUAACGACCGGCACUGGAGCCACGAGGUGCGCUUCUUCGACCUGCGGCUGACCUUCCUGUUCACGGCGCUGAGGGUGGACGUGCGCGGGCAGCUGGCUCACGAGCUGCGGGGGAUCAGUCUGCUGUCCGACGCCCUGGAGAGCACCCUGGGCCUGCGCUGGCUCGACACCUUCGAGGUGGCACGAGCGGACAAAGGAGACGACGUCCUGCCCCUGCCACGCCAGGAGACCGAGCGCACCAUGGAGAUCCUCAAGAUCCUCUUCAACAUCACGUUCGACACCAGCCGCCGCGACGUGGACGAGGAAGAAGCCGCUCUUUACAGGCAUCUCUGUGCCAUCCUGCGCUUCUGCCUAAUGAGUAAAGCAGAUGGAGAAGAGAGGACAGAGGAGUUCCACAGUCACACGGUGAACUUGCUGGGGAACCUGCCCCUGAUGUGUCUGGACGUGCUGCUCACUCCGAAGGUCCAGCAGGGCUCUAUCGAGUACAUGGGGGUGAAUAUGGACGCGGUCAGCAUGCUGCUAGACUUCAUGGACCGGAGACUCAACCGGGAGCACAAGCUGAAAGAGACCCUGACUCCCUCCCUGAACCUGCUGACUGAGAGCGCCCGGGUCCACAGGGAGACCAGGAAGUUCCUGCGGAUGAAGAUUCUUCCGCCUCUGCGGGACGUGAAGAAUCGCCCUGAAGUGGGGAACUCCCUGCGGAACAAGUUAGUGCGCCUCAUGACUCACAUCGACACAGACGUCAAGCACUGCGCUGCCGAGCUGCUCUUUGUCCUCUGCAAGGAGAGCGUUUCCAGGUUUGUGAAGUAUACCGGCUACGGAAAUGCAGCAGGCCUGCUGGCGGCGAGGGGCCUCAUGUGCGGCGGGAGAGGGAAGGGCAGGUACUCGGAGGACGAGGACACAGACACAGAGGAGUACAGAGAAGCCAAACCAAACAUUAACCCUAUAACGGGGCGUGUGGAGGAGAAGCUGCCUAAUCCAAUGGAGGGGAUGACAGAAGAACAGAAGGAGAACGAAGCAAUGAAGUUAGUGAAUAUGUUCGACAAAAUGUCCAGGGAUCAGGUGAUUCAGCCCAUGGCAGUCGGCCCUGAUGGGAAACUAGCGAAUUUGGAAUCAGCCGUGCAAAGACUUUCAGAACAGAGGUCGUCUUCUGGCUCUGACUCGGAUGACGACUAAAGAACUGCAAGAGUGUUUAGUUUGUUUCUGUUUAGUAAGAGUGCUGUGUACAGUUGAUAGAGGUUGCACGAAGACUCUUUUGUCCAUUAGUUUACUUGCUGUUUUGUCUGGUUCAAUCUCUGUACAACUGUACAGUGUGGAAACCACUCCUGCAAGAGAAAAAAAAAACAAUGAAAUCAUCUUGAUUAGUGGUAAAAUUCAGUGUUCCCAUCAACCUCUACUCCAUAGGGCACAUACUUGUUUUCCAGAGUCUGCUGGGUGAAUCAAUUGCUAGAGAGGUGGUGCGUUGCAUUUUUUUAAGGCAACAUUUCUUCCUCUACACCUCAAGGCUUUAAUAACGGUAAAUCCAACUCUUUUUGGUAGUUAAUCACCCUGACCAUCUUGUAAAAUAAGUCAGUUCCCAACUCAUCCUCCCAGCAAGGGCUUCAGCUGUAAGGGAGUUGCUAGCUGCGACAGUGUCCACAGUUUUGACUGGUUGAGCUGUGUGAAUUUUUUUUAUUUAUUUUUUUUCAGUGGAAUUUUGUCUGUGUUGCACAUUUGUAGUGGUUUAUCUGAAUGUUGCCAAGUACAGAACUGUAGUACAGUGCGCUCAAUGAACCUUGCAAGACUGGUGGAGAGACUGACCAACCUAAAGUGUGAACUCCCAGGUUGCUAGAAUCAGGCAGUAGUCUCAUUUCUGCAGUGUUGGCAACCAACUUCCAUGCAUUGUUUUUGUCAUAAGGGCUGUGGCAUUAUUCAUAUGGAAAAACUAUAUAUAUAUAUAUAUAUAUAUAUAUA